ACACUAAAACACGUCUCUUGAACUAUGAAUGUGCAUGUAUAUAUAUAAACACAACAUAGAAAACGAGAGACAAUCACAAUACUAAUUACUUUUGGUUAUAUACAGGAAAAAAAAGUCAUUUAUUUCGUCUUAGAAUCAUCAAAGCUUGAUUAAUGGACGGAACAUCGUGGGCAGACCAAUGGGACAACAGUGCGAAAGGAGGCCGGAUAGGAGGCGGGGCCAUCGUCAGUAGCGGCGGAGGUGGAACGAAGCCGUCGAACUCAAACACGGCUAAGUACAAGGAGAAGAUGGGACAAGGGUUGGAGAAGACGAAAGCUGUAGCUUCUUCUGGUUUCAAGAAGCUCAAGACAGGUUCUGCUAUUGGUUUUCGUUGGGUCAAGGACAAGUAUCACAAAACCACAAACAAACAUUAAAAACUCCUUGUGUAUGAUGUAUAUGGUUAUGUAGUGUGAAUUUAUUCACUUGGCAAUCUUAUGUCUGAUGUUGUGUGUUAGUCGAUGAUUUGUAUGAGUUUUCGAAGAUUUGUAUUCAUGUGAUUAAAUUAAAUUGAUUUUUUUCGUUAAAUGAUUAGUAAACGUAACGUUUUA